AUGGCCUCCCACCACCAGUCAUUCGAGUUAGUCGAACCUCUUGACCACUCCGAAAUAUCAGAAGAUAUUGCUACCAAUCAUCCAGGCAAUGUGCCGCACUCAAAUCCUCUACUAAGCGGCCCUGGCAAGCCUCCUUCUAUACAUGAACCAAAAAGGCUUCGACGAACCCAAUGCUUAUACUUUUCGUUGUUUGGACAAAUAUUGCUGACAAUUUUCCCUCUACUUUUUCUCUCACUUACGGCGGUCGCAAUUUCCCUAGAUAACAAGUCCGCCUCUGGAACGGGCUCAACGAUCCAACAAGUUAUCGCGCUCUCACCAACCGUGUUCCCUAUUAUUUUUGCUGCGAUCGUGGGCAGAUUCUUCCGUUCGUUGGGACUAUAUUGGGCAGAGCGCGGUGUCAAAUUAGGGACGCUUGAGCGCCUCAUUGGCUCCCAGACCCUUUUCUCUGCAAUCGAAAGGCAGGUGCUACUGAGAGGGCAAUAUCUUUUGGGCAUCUCCAUCAUAAUUAUCUGGGCCCUUUCGCCUCUCGGAGGACAGUCAGCUCUUCGGCUGCUUGCAGUAUCUCCUGAAAUAUUAUCGACUAACACUACAAUCCGAUACUUGCCGAUUGAUCAAGCUUUGAAUACAGUCAUGUCCCCAGACUUUGGAGCGAGCAACCCUGUUCGAAGCUGGCCAAAAUGGGCCCCAAUAUUUAUGACUGCUGUCACAACUUCUUACCAAUAUCAGAAUUCCUCACAGGACAUGUUCGGCAACGUUAGAAUACCCAGCUUGGACUCCCUACCUUCCACUACGAACGAUUCAUGGACCGUAAUAAACCACAGUGAGAGUAUUCCCUACUCAUCUCUGCUAGGAAUUCCGGUCGGGGGUCUUCCAGCUAAUGGGACUACAUCUUUCAAUCUUACCAGCCGGUAUUUCGGCAUCCAAUGCAAAUCCUCUAAACACACAAGCUCUAUUGCUAUAUACGAUAAUCUGUUUCGAAAUUCAUCUUCUGGUGAACCCACUGGGUCCUGGGCGUAUAAGUCGGGGGCCUCUUUUGUCGUUCAGCUGGGGUUUCCAAUCGCAGUUUUAACAAAGGGAGGUCGUUUUAACUUCAGUGAAAUCUACAAUGAGACUACCAUUCCCUUCAAUAUGACAUCUAUGAAUGGGCACGAUUCGACACCUGACCUGAGCCUUAUCGAUUGCUCAAUGGAACCUCAGGAUGUUGAAUCCUCAGUCCAGUGUGAAGAUCGACUUUGCAAGGUCACGGCAAUGAAGAGGCUUCCUUUGGGUUUUGAUUCUUGGAGAAUUGCAAGUAUACUGGCUAUCCAACGAAGCUUUACAUAUUUCCCAUUAUCUGUUUUGACGGCCCCAAGUUCCAUGUAUGGAGCGAGGGCGUCUAGCUCAAUCCUGGAGAUGUGGAUCGAAUAUCCAUAUACAAUCUUGGGUUCGCCGGGAUUUGCCAACCUUUCCGUGGUUUCUCUUCCAAUGCUGAGCCGUAGCAUCGAGACUCUUUUCAAUACCUACUGGCAGUCUACCUAUGGGUAUAAAUACCUGCAUGGAAAUCUCCAUGCAGAUGUUACGGAUAGUUUCUAUGAUAACAUUACGGAAGGCAGAUUAGAUCAACCUGUCGAUUUCAGCACAAGCCAAGCACUGGCCACCAGGGUAAUCGGAGAGAAGUACCAAUGUAAUAUGACAUUCGCAACUAUUCUGAUUGUCAUAUCUGGGUUGUUGGUUUUUGCUAGCCUAGCGACAAUUGCCUUGAUGCAUGCCACUCGUGCUCCUGACAUCUUGGGUUACAUGUCUUCAUUCACGAGGGACAAUCCAUAUGCUGCUUUCAAGCAGGCUUCACACAUGGACGGAUUAGAGACAGCUAGAGAAUUGAGAGAGAUGAGGAUUACUGUUGGAGAUGUGAACCCGAGAGAGGAAAUUGGGCACAUUGCUUUUGCAGCAACCGUUGAGGUGCAGCGAUUGAAGGAGAAUAGGCUUUAUGAUUGA